AUGAAAGAAAAUGCGAAAGUAGAAACUUCAAAAGUUGUGGAACUAGGGACGAGACACGAGACGACGAACAAAAUGGUAACAAAUUGGAUUUGUGUGAUGAUUCAACAUUCAAAUGAGAUUGAUAACAACAAUAAUGAAAUGAUUGUCCUCUACGUGAUUACAAUGCAGUGGGAGCUAACGGAAUCAUGCUACCAGCGUCUGAUGGAUUCCUGCUACGAUGAACACGUGGCCACAGCCAGGAUUCGAACCCACGUCAACCGACUCAACAUGUUCAGCAAGUUCUGUGGCGGAUCGAACCCAAGAAAGUCCAACAAUUUCACAAGUCAAAUUGUUGCUCACGUGGUAAGACUGCCGUAUUUCUUGAUAAUCUCAUAA